AUGUCGGGCGAGGCGUGGCUAUACCUGUUUGCGGUGCUUAUAAACGCCGUCAACCUCUUCCUUCAAGUCUUCUUCACCAUCAUGUACAGCGAUCUGGAAUGCGAUUACAUCAACCCUAUUGACCUCUGCAACCGCCUCAACACCUACAUCAUCCCCGAAGUCGCCGUCCACGGUUUCCUGACCUUCCUCUUCCUUAUCAACGGCUACUGGCUGCCUCUCGUGCUCAACGUGCCUCUUCUCGCCUGGAACGUCAAGAAGAUCGUUGACAACGCCCACCUUCUGGACGCCACUGAGAUCUUCCGCAAGCUUAAUGUCCACAAGAAGGAAUCUUUCACUAAGCUCGGCUUCCAUCUCAUUCUGUUCUUCUUUUACUUGUACAGUAUGAUUGUGGCCCUCAUUCGGGACGAGGCUCAUUAG